GUGUGUUUUCCUCCUUGUGUUGUUGUCACAAGAGGAACAAUGUUGUUGUGUGAACAGCCUGGAGUUUAAUCCUCUCAUGUAGCCGAGAGGAGAGAAGAAUAAAACAUGGAGGUGGAGGACAGUCCUGUAAACCUCGCCCAUCAGCAGUGCAGGAAGGCUGAUCGCUUACUUGCUGCUGGAAAAUAUGAAGAGGCUAUCUCUUGUCACAGAAAAGCUGCAGAGCUGCUGAAGGAGGCCAUGAAGCUCACAGAGUGUGAACAGGCUCGCCUGUCUUUAGAGCUGCAGCGAGACAGCCACGUGAAGCAGCAGAGGUUGAUCGAGGAGCGGUGGAAGCGAGCGAAGCGAGAGAACAAGCCGCGCGGCCUCCAGGUGCUCCCUCAGUCAUCCUCAGAACCGACACCUCUCGCUCAGCUGAGCUCCUCUCACUGUCCCGAGCGCGAGUACGACACCUGGCUGUACCUGCUGAAAACCAGAGGCUCCUCCGGCGCCGCGCCCGAACACGCCUCAGGCACCAAGGCCCGCAAAGACGACAAGACGCGCCUGGAGGAGCAGCGCACCACCAUCGAGGAUCUGCGCCAGCUCCUGGAGCGUCUGUUAGCCGAGAACGAGCGGCUGACCCAGGAGAACGAACGGCUACGGCAGGAGAACGUGCGUCUGCGCAGGGAAAGCGACGCCCAUCUCGUAGAGAGCUCGGAGCUCUGGCUUCUGCCUUCGGCGCCUGACCAGCGCAAACCCGCAGGCAUCACCAUCCCACACCUGCCUCCGCUCGAGAUGCCCCCUCACGAGAUCCCGCUGGAGGAGCUGCCCGCGCUCGAGCUGCCCGAAGACAUCCAGCAGGAGCUGGGGCUCCUGGAUAGAGAAAAGCUGUGAGGGAAAAAAAAAAAAACACUCUCACUGGAGGGGAAAAAACAUCCGCAUCGGCACGCUCCUGCUGCUCAGGUUUUCGAUCGUGGUCUUGGUGGCGUAAACAGCUAUAAGCGUCUGAUGCAAAUUAUAAUUUUUUUUUUUCCUCCGUCUCUCUCUCUUGUUCUCUCUCUAAUGAUCCUAGGUACUGCAUCUACUUAAUAAAGAGAACUUUUGCAGGUCUUGUGCCUUUUUUUUUUU